CCCGACUGGACCUUUUGCCAUAUUCCUCCUUCAGCGUCGGGACCUCCUUCAGCGCCUCAUUCUCCUCAUGGACGUAAAAGCUGCAAGUUCUGAGAAGUCUCAGCUGAUCCACGACAAGAACCACAAGACCUAUUGUGAGCGCGUGCACAGUUCCUUUCCAGACCCUAGUGAGCAGUUCCCAGACUUCCCCUUUAAGAAUGGCGGCAUGUCGACCGCCAUGGAGCUCAAACGUCCCGUGGGCGUCCACUGCCACCGCUCCAAGGCCUCGGCGUGCGAAGACAGCGUGGACAAGCUGCUGGCGAAAAAGAAACUUUACAUCGCCUCCGCCGUCUGCCUGGUCUUCAUGAUCGGAGAGGUCAUAGGAGGCUACUUGGCCCACAGUCUGGCCAUCAUGACGGACGCCGCUCACCUGCUGACCGACUUUGGCAGCAUGAUGGUCAGCAUCUUCUCCCUCUGGAUCUCCUCCAGACCCCCCACCAAGACCAUGAGCUUUGGCUGGCACAGAUCAGAGAUCAUGGGGGCCUUCUUGUCUGUCAUAUCCAUCUGGAUGGUGACAGGGGUUCUGGUCUACUUGGCCAUAGAGAGGAUCGUGCACGGCGACUACGAGAUCGAAGGUCACGUGAUGCUGGUCACGUCAGCCUUCGCUGUCGUCGUCAACAUCAUCAUGGCGUACAUCCUGCACCAUUCCACCACCUUCCACGCUCACGGCCGCGGCUAUACUCACAUCGACGAGGACGCUCAGAGUCCCGUCGCUCACGGCCAUGCUCACUCGCUCCUGGGCGCCCACAGCAACACCAGCGUGCGUGCCGCUUUCAUCCACGUAGUCGGCGACCUACUGCAGAGCAUCGGCGUCAUGGUGGCAGCAAUCAUCAUCUACUUUCGGCCUGAGUACAAGGUGGCCGAUCCCAUCUGCACUUUCCUGUUCUCCAUCUUUGUCCUUUGCACCACGGUCACCAUCCUCAGAGAUGUCUUCCGGAUACUCAUGGAAGGUUCGCCGAAAGGAAUCGAGUUCAACUCGGUGAAGGAGCUUCUGAUGUCCGUGAAGGCUGUCAGGUCGGCACACUCGCUGCACCUUUGGGCUCUGACGCUGGGCCAGACCCUGGUCUCCGUUCACCUCGCUGUUGACGAGGGCGCCGACGCGCAGUCUGUCCUGCAGGAGGCCGCAGAGCUUCUCCACAUCAAGUUUGGCUUCCAGAGCGUCACUAUCCAGGUGGAGCGCUACUCGGACGACAUGAGGCACUGCCACCUCUGCCAGGACCCCUGUGACUGACACGACUCCACAUUCCCCCGCCUAACACACACACCUGCAAGAGAGGAGGCGGCGCCCGGCCCGGAAUGCUCACCAACAUUCCCUUCAAAACCAAAAAAGAACCAUCAAAGUCAUUCGGGAGGCUCCAAUCCACCUUGAAGUGGCGCACCUGACCCAACCUCAUCAUACCACCUUUAAAUAAAAACACAUAGCCACGCCCUUUGACCCGUUUGGUCUCAGCGAAGGUCAUGUACCCGACACAUAACGGCGGUUCAUUGCGGUGUUCUUAAGAAGUUCCAAUCAGAGACUCUGUGUCCAAAUCCUCCUAAUGAGCUGAUCGGAAGGUGAACUCACUGCCUAAAAGUCCUCUGAACUGCAGAGACGCUCACUGCCAUCUUGAAAACCGGUCAUUAUCUCAUUGACACACAUUUGACUUUCAUUUAAAAAGGGCUGCAUCUCGUUAAGGAAACACAUUUUAAUGAUCACCAAAGACACAUACACUGGCCACUUCAUUAGGUACAACAUCCCAUGAGAUUCGACACAACUCUCAUGAUGCUGAAUGAAGCAAAGAGUCCAGUGUGUGUGUGCAUGUGUGUGUGUGGACAUAAAAUGGGAGAUUUCCACAAGUGCAAAUGAGGACUAUCAGUGUCAGUGUUGUGUUGUGCUACAGCAUGUUCUUUGUGUGUUUUUGUGCUGGAUGCUGCGUCGAGGCAAAGUAAAUCACAUGACCAUCAUGUAUAACAUGAUAUUAAUGACAUCAUUUUUUUUUUUUUAAAGUGGCGAUGUCCAAAGUGCCAUGUUUGUCCCAAAGCUCUUUUUUUUAUUGGCCCAAGCAUCCUUCAAUUUUAAUUUAUGUGGCCCUCAGUGAAAAAAGUUUGCUGUAUACUAUUUCAACACCAGUCCAUCCAUGUGUUUGGAACAGAAGUAAAAGUAUGAGGGGCCGUCUGAGACAUAAUUCUGCUUACAAUGCUGACACACAGACACACUAGUGUUAUGGAAAACCUCGCACACACAGACGGCCCCCCAUAUGAAGCCAUAUGUAGCAUUGUCUCAGUUGCAGGAUCAAGGAUCACCUGUGAUCCAUUCACUAUGACUGGUUCUGGUCCAAGUACUUGCAUGCUCGUUAGCUGUGAGUCUUUAUCGUGCUCAAGUGCCAGAAGGAACCUUGCCGUCAAUAUUCUGAAUGUAACGAUGACCAAUGUGUAUGUUUUUCCAUGUUUGAGAAUGCUCCGUGUUGUCUUUUGUGUGCAUAUUAUAUACAGUUUGUGUGUGUGCGUGUGCGUGUACACGUGAAAAUAUGAAAACGGUGUCUUUUUGUAAACCUCCAAAUAAAA